AUGCUUAAACGCAAGGCCUCUGGCGACCUCUCCGGCCCCCACGUCUCCAUCUUUAGCAACGACCCCACGCUUGGACGUCACAAGCGGAAGCGUACCCUCUUUCGCCCCAAGCACACCAAACCGCAGUGGACGCCCAAAGCAGAGCGCGACAUGAGUGAGCUGCUUGAAUUCAUACUGCAGCACGAAGAAGCCUUCAAGAACCAGCAUCGCCUCGCAUCGUUGUAUGCCGACUUCCGCCAACAACUCGAUAUCAACCCUGAAGGCUACCAUGCGAAUAUCGCAGCAUGGACUAAGGCGCUCACUGAUGCUGCGCGAGCGGGUGUCAUUCCCACCCAGGGUACCACACACGAUCUCCUGAACAUUCGGGCAGCCGACGAGCUUGCGCGAGCGCUCCAACAUCCACAAUAUGGGAAGCCGACAUGCUUACCCGCCGUAUUCCAUGAGGCCGUUCAGAAAAAGGAGAUGAUCCCUCUCAAAGACUUUCUCAGUUCCAAGGAGAGUAUAUACAAGACGUCGUGGAUUCCAUCGCCCUGGAGGGUGUUACAAUGGAGCUUGCGACAAGUCGGGGUACUUGGCGAACCGCAAGCACCAGCCAGGAUGGAGGUUGGAAACUUUGUCAUUCUGAAGAAUGUCGAGGUCGCUGCGGAUGAGAUAAUCAGCAAAAUGAAGGACUAUACAUCGACAGCCGACCGCGUCCUAUCAAGGACCGACUUUCUCAAGCGCUUCUCGACCGUGCUCAAUCCCUCUGCAUCUCUCACGACAAACGAUCUCAACAUCGUACUUGCCUUUCUAGCUCGCGAUAAGCAGGCAAUAUCAUAUAACGCGCAGACGAUCAAGUUCAAGCCGGAACACGAGCAUGUGCCCCUGCCCAUCACAGAGGAGGAUGCCGCUAUCGCCAAUCUUCGCGACACGGUAGCAAAGAUCAACGCGCAGAUCCCGCCAUUGAUGGAGAAAAUCGCUGCUGCGGAUGCUGCAGCUCGUGAGGCCGUAGCCUUGAAGCAGAUGGUUCGUGCCAAGGCAGCACUCCGCUCCAAGAAGCUUGCCGAGAGUGCCCUCGCUCAACGCUCAGAUGUUGCUCUCCAACUUGAGCAAGUGUACAACGACCUUCAGCAAGCUGCAGACCAAGUCGAGAUAGUGGAAGCUAUGCGUGCUGGUGCAGCGGCACUCAAGGGCUUGAACGAAAAGGUUGGCGGCGCCGAGGGUGUUCAAGGAGUAGUAGAUGCUGUCAAUGAGCAGAUGGCUACUACGGAAGAAAUCACCAACAUCCUUAGCGAGACUGGUCAGCCUCUUGAUGAGGGUGAGAUUGACGACGAGUUUGAAGCCCUCGAAAGGGCGGAUCGCGAGAAACGUGAGAAGGAGGAAGCAGAAAAGACGGCUGCAAGGCUUGCAGAGCUAGGAGAGGCUGAGAGGAGACGCACAGAGAGGAUGGAUCGCAUUGCAGCUAAGAGCGAAGAUGAAAGGACGGAAGAGCGGGUCAAUGAAGCUUCCCAACGUAUGGCAAACAUGUCGUUCCAGCAGCCAAACGACGAAACGGAGGAUUCAGAGGAACGUCGUAUCCCUGCACACGCAUGA